AUGUCGACAGCGUUCGCAAUCAUCGCAGGCGUAGGCCCAGGAACCGGCGCCUCUCUAGCCAGAAAGUUCGCUCUUUCGUACCCAGUCGCCCUCCUCGCCCGCAACCCCGACAACUACACCUCUCUCGUCGACGAAAUCAACAAGUCAGGCGGCAAAGCCAUCGGCAUAUCCACCGAUGUAUCCUCCUCCUCAUCAAUCACCUCCGCAAUCUCUGAAAUCAAAGAAAAAUACGGCGACAAGUGUGCUGCAGCAGUCUUCAAUGCCAGUGGUCCUUUUGCCAGAAAAAGCAUUCUGGAACUGACGGAAAAGGAGUUUACGGGUGGUUAUGAGGUUUCUUGUAAAGGCGCGUUUUUGUUUUCGCAGCAGACGCUGCCGUUGCUGGUUGAGCAUACCAAUGACGCUGGGGCAAAGUAUCCGGGUACUUUGAUCUUUACUGGCGCUACUGCGAGUGUAAAGUCGAAUGCUUUGAUGAGUGCUUUCAGUACUGGCAAGUAUGCGAUGAGAGCGCUGUCUCAGAGCAUUGCGAGGGAGUUUGCGCCCAAGGGUGUUCAUGUCGCUCAUGCUAUCAUCGAUGGUGUGAUUGACAUCCCGAGGACGAAGGAGUGGCUGAAGGAUAUGCCGCCAGAGGCAAAGAUUGAGGCUGAUGCUAUUGCAGAGGCGUAUUGGAAUUUGCAUACGCAGAGCAAGAGGGCAUUCACUAACGAGAUUGACAUCAGACCCAUGUUGGAGAAGUGGUAG